AUGCAGAACAAUAUGUUUUUUACUUUUUAUGUGCUGGUAUUCUUUUAUCAACUGUACGAUGAACGGAAAACCUUGUAUCGAGCUUUUUGCGCUGGAAGCAUUAUAACGAAGGAAAGAGUCCUUACAUCUACUCACUGUUUUCUAACUAAUAGAAAAAGGAGAAAGCGAAAUUUUAACCUCAUCAAAAUUGCGGGAGGUAUUUUGAACACACUGACUCCUUACCAGCCAAUUCAUGUCACUCAGCAAUGGCGGACAAUAGAACAUUUGUAUUCCCAAAGAUUUUAUAGAUUUCCUGCGUAUAAUUUGGCGAUCGUGAAAGUAAAUAAAGAAUGGGUAUUUAAUGAAUACGUCAACAAAAUUCCGUACACGAAAUGGAAUCAGGACUUCGAUGGUGUUUGUUAUGGUACUACUGUAAAAACAACAAAGGAGAUUGAGGGUGGAGGUUUAAUUUGCUUUGGAACAAAUGAUCCUGCUGAAGAUGUGCUAGUGGGAGUUUUAGUUGGAGUUACAUCGCUGAUUAAUGUUGAUCUACCCACUUUACAUAAUAGAGUUGGAUUGCACUACAAAUGGAGUGUUUUGGAGGAAAAUAAGCAAUAUGAAGCUUACGUAGAUAUUUGCCCAAUAAGAAUAUUAGGCGGUACUAAUGCGAAAAUUACUGAUAUACCGUAUCAAGUGGCGUUGAGGAAGAAAUAUCUAGCAGGAUAUAUUUGGUCCACAUUUUGUGGAGGAUCAUUGAUAACUAUGAAAUAUGUUGUGACAGCCGCGCAUUGUCUUAUAAAUCAUACUAAUGGCAAAGUAAAAAAAUUAAACAAUGUAAGAGUGGUGGCGGGAACGUCGAGGACUACGGUAUCACUAAUUUCCUGGUUCGAAGAGCAUUGGAGAAGAAUAAGGCGCUUUUAUAAGCAUAAAUAUUAUAAUUGGACUUAUCUUGAACAUGACUUCGGUGUUAUUGAGGUGAAUUAUGCCUUUAUCGCUUCAAAUAAAAUAAAACCAAUUCGCUUGCAUGAUUUAAAAACGGACAAAGUAUUAGAAGAUGGGCAACAAUGUGUUAUUUCAGGAUUUGGACUAAAGGAAGACGAUAAAGCAGUCGUUUCUUUACAAAUGGUUUGCGUUCCAUUGGUUUCAAGUUCGUUAUGCGAGGAAUAUUAUGACGAGAUGUAUUUGCAUCCUUCUAGUUUAUGCGCCGGAUCGACAGGGAAAGACAGUUGUGAGGGUGAUUCUGGAGGCCCCCUCGUCUGCAGUGGAGUUCUAGUUGGAGUAGUGUCUUGGGGCGGAGUAUGUGGAGUGCACCCUGGUGUUUAUACGAAAAUAUCCGAAUACACUGGUGGCAUAGAAGUGACAUUCGAAAAGAGUUCAGUACCUAGAAGAGCAAUGAAUAAAUUUCUAGGAAUAGUUACCAUUAUGUUACUGUUUUUUGAAAAUAUUAGGUUUUUG